GACGAAGUUGGCCCGAGUGCAGAAAGGAGGCAGCGGGCUAGAGGGGGAAAAGUUGCCGGCAGAGGCGAGGGGCGAGCUAGGCGGCAGGACCAUGGGCACUUUGCGGGAUUUACAGUAUGCACUGCAGGAGAAGAUCGAGGAGCUGCGGCAGCGGGAUGCGCUCAUCGACGAGCUGGAGCUGGAGUUGGACCAGAAGGACGAACUGAUCCAGAAGCUGCAGAACGAGCUGGACAAGUACCGUUCCGUGAUUCGGCCCGCCACCCAGCAGGCGCAGCAGCAGAGCGCCGGCACCUUGCAGGGGGAGCAGAGGACCAAGCGGCAGGCGAUCUCGGCCGAGCCCACCGCCUUUGACAUUCAGGAUCUCAGCCACGUCACCCUCCCUUUCUACCCCAAGAGCCCACAGUCCAAGGAGCUAAUAAAGGAAGCGAUCCUUGACAAUGACUUCAUGAAGAAUCUGGAACUGUCCCAGAUCCAAGAGAUUGUGGAUUGUAUGUAUCCUGUGGAGUAUGGCAAAGACAGCUGCAUCAUCAAGGAGGGAGAUGUGGGUUCCCUGGUGUAUGUCAUGGAAGAUGGGAAGGUUGAAGUGACAAAAGAAGGUGUGAAGCUGUGCACCAUGGGACCUGGCAAAGUAUUUGGGGAGUUAGCCAUCCUCUACAACUGCACUCGAACAGCAACUGUAAAAACUCUCGUAAAUGUGAAACUUUGGGCUAUUGAUCGGCAAUGUUUUCAAACAAUAAUGAUGAGGACAGGCCUCAUCAAGCAUACUGAGUAUAUGGAAUUUUUAAAAAGUGUUCCCACAUUCCAGAGCCUUCCUGAGGAGAUACUUAGUAAGCUUGCAGAUGUCCUUGAAGAGACGCACUAUGAAAGCGGAGAGUACAUUAUACGGCAAGGUGCUCGAGGGGACACUUUCUUUAUAAUCAGCAAAGGAAAGGUGAAUGUUACUCGUGAAGACUCCCCCAGUGAAGAUCCAGUCUUUCUCCGUACUCUGGGAAAAGGAGAUUGGUUUGGAGAAAAAGCCCUUCAAGGGGAGGAUGUAAGAACAGCCAAUGUCAUUGCAGCUGAAGCGGUAACAUGUCUGGUCAUAGACAGAGACUCCUUCAAACAUCUGAUUGGUGGCCUAGAUGAUGUUUCCAAUAAAGCCUAUGAAGAUGCAGAAGCAAAAGCAAAAUACGAAGCCGAAGCUGCCUUCUUCGCUAACCUGAAACUGUCUGAUUUCAACAUCAUUGACACCCUUGGAGUCGGAGGGUUUGGUCGAGUUGAGCUGGUCCAGUUGAAAAGUGAAGAAUCAAAAACUUUUGCCAUGAAAAUACUGAAGAAACGUCAUAUUGUGGACACAAGGCAACAGGAGCACAUCCGCUCGGAGAAGCAGAUCAUGCAGAGCGCACACUCGGACUUCAUAGUGAGACUCUACAGAACAUUCAAGGACAGCAAGUACCUGUACAUGCUAAUGGAAGCCUGUCUAGGUGGAGAGCUCUGGACAAUUCUCAGGGACAGAGGUUCAUUUGAGGAUUCAACGACCAGGUUUUACACAGCGUGCGUGGUUGAAGCUUUUGCCUAUUUGCAUUCCAAAGGGAUCAUUUAUCGGGACCUCAAACCAGAAAACCUCAUUCUGGAUCAUCGAGGUUAUGCCAAACUGGUCGAUUUUGGCUUUGCAAAAAAAAUAGGAUUUGGAAAGAAAACAUGGACUUUUUGUGGAACCCCGGAGUACGUAGCCCCCGAGAUCAUCCUGAACAAAGGUCAUGACAUUUCAGCAGACUACUGGUCACUGGGAAUCUUAAUGUAUGAGCUCCUGACUGGCAGUCCCCCUUUCUCAGGCCCAGACCCCAUGAAGACCUAUAACAUUAUAUUAAGGGGAAUAGACAUGAUUGAAUUUCCAAAGAAGAUUGCCAAAAAUGCUGCUAAUUUAAUUAAAAAACUAUGCAGGGACAAUCCAUCAGAAAGAUUAGGGAAUUUGAAAAAUGGAGUGAAAGAUAUACAAAAGCACAAAUGGUUUGAAGGCUUUAACUGGGAAGGGUUACGAAAAGGGACACUGACACCUCCUAUAAUACCAAGUGUUGCAUCUCCGACAGACACAAGCAAUUUUGACAGCUUCCCAGAAGACAGUGAUGAGGCACCACCUGACGACAACUCAGGAUGGGAUAUAGAUUUUUAAUGUUUUUCUCUUACCUGCUUCUGCCUUGCUGAAGACAGCUUCCUGGGACAUGGCUGCCAGCAAAACUGAAAGAAUUGGGGAGGAUUAGUGCUCGAGGUCACCAUGAUGCCUUGAUUGAUGCUGCUACAGUAACUACAGUGGCAUUAGGACUUAUCGCUUAGAUUACAAUAGUGCUCUUCAUGUUUUAUGUUUGAACUUAAAAUAGCAUUUGACAUGGUGGUCCUGACACAAAGUCUUUCACCCAUAAAUAAAUGUGUUUUCUAUCACUGCGACGGUCUUGCUACACUCUUAAUUAUAAAAGUCUAGAGACACGUAGCAUAAGACACACUUAAUUCUAGGUGCAAGUACUGGCUUUAUCGGCAGGAUCAGUAGUAAUUUAUCAAGUGCUGUAGCUAAAUACAGUGCAGGAUUUGGGUUACUCCCACCCACUGAACUCCAUUGGUCUUCUGCUGUAGGCCAGUGUAGGAGUAGAGGAGGACCACAAUGGUACUGGUCAAAGACUUCAUGUCAAAGCAGUGGUAGAAUUUGUCCUUUUUCUUUCUGAGAAGUAUUCACGACAAGACUGAAUGUUAGUUCUCUUCUUUAUUUUUGAGAAUUAGUUGGGGUUUUUUUGGCUGGUAAAACAAAAGCACAACUGCUCUAAAUCCUGUUAAGGCAGAUAUGGGUCAUUUGUCUCAUACAGCUGAGAACAUAUUGUAACACUAUAUUUGAGGAUUUUUUUUUUCUUUCCCUUGGUACAAACACAUAACUGCAUGAAAAAAAAAGCAUAAAAUUAAUCCAUUCUACGUAUAAAAUAGUGACUAAAUAAUGGUCCUCUAAUAAAGUGGCAGCAGCCCACUGGUCUCAUUGAUUAGGUAUUAGGCAUAAAACUAAGCUUAACUUUUACCUUUUUGAGCCCAAAGGGAAAACAUAAGACCCGUAAUGUACUUUAUAGGUGCUAUGUACAUCCCUCAUCUGUGAAUAUGCCUACUCAGUCAACCACCAUUUCAGAACUAUGUAGCAAGAGACAUCAUUCUCCAUCAUGUUCUUAGAUGAUUUUACAUCUCCAUGUCUACAUCUCUUCUGUGUUCAGUACAAAGCUAAUUAAAAUAAAAGGUGGUAAUGGGCCAGUUUGCUGGCUCUGUUUGCAAUGUCACCCAUAAAGCUGUAAUCCUAAUGCCUCACCAGACUAAAUAGUUCCACAGGAAAGUCCGUGGAAUUAAAUGGAAAACCAAUACUGGAUGUGUUUGUGUGAGGUCUCCGGUGUACCAGGUCCUCAGUGACCACAUUUAAGGCAUGGGAAUGACUAAUGCUGAGUUGGCUCCUAUGUAAAAAGGAACUGGGGAAAACACUAUUCUCAUGUGUACACUUUUCCCUUGCUCCCACUACUUUUCCUUUUUUUACAUACUCUUACGUACUCUUCCAAUUUAUAGGCCAUAACAGAGGAAUCCUGUCCUGGAUGCCUGUUUCUUGCAAAUACACAAAACUAAAACUUUAUCCCAUCAUACCAACAAGCAACAUCAUCUUUCAAUCUCUACAACAGACCCUGCCUGCCCCAAAUUAGGAGACGCUGCCCCAUUUCAUCUCAGAGCUGCCAAGAGCUGCUGUAUACGCUGGAAGUUGAAAGAUAACUUUUGCUCAAAAGUAAUUUAUAGCCUACAUAGUAUCUGGAAAAUGUAUGUUUCAGCAGUAAAAAAACCUGUUUCCCUUAUGCUAAAUCCCAACUUUUUCUCAUGUUCAGGUAAACUAAAGAAUUUAUUCAUCGCAACAUCUUUGAAAGCAGCCUGUGUCACUGAAUUUCCUUCCUAAUUUUCCAAAGGGUGAGGCAGCACCAUUAUAGUUUCAGGUUAUUUCCACUGUUUGUUAAUCAUGGCAACUUUGUUUGCCUUCAAAAACAUAGGGAAAAGGCUGCGUCUCCCAGGAUUACUCAUAUAUGGCAAAUUAACACUGGCUUUUCAGCCUUAAUCUGAGGGACAGAAGACACUGAAAGCCAGUGCUAAGCACCAGGGCUAAAACAGUCACCAGACGUCUUAGCAAACAGGCUGCUACCUGAAAGCCGAAUUCUUUCCUCACAUCACCCUGCUUUUUCAAUCAAUGAUGCAGCAAAAUUGGAGGAGAAAAUUUGUUGUGGUUCGUAACUCUCUGUAGAAAAACAGAGAGGAGUUUAUCCCAAAAUUAUGAUAUUUAGUAGCUGAGAUGCAGUUAUCAGUCAAAGAGUUGCCAGGAGGAAAGAGUAGCGCAAUGACUUUGAGAGGCAACUAAAAAACAUUUCAGGAAGGUUUUUAAAUGGGCUGGUGAGUUCUUUUUCUUUCUCCUUUUUCCCUUUGCCACGCAUGGCAAUUAAUGCCUGCAGGGUGUGGCAUGCACUGUAUCAAAUAUGAGUUUCUUUUGAUAUCAAACACCUCACUGGGCUUUCCUCAUCUGAGCAUACUUUAAACAACAUACUUAGCAUAUGUAUAUGAUAAACACCUUCAUUUAUAAAUAAUAUAUUUGAGUUGCAUUAUAUAUAUAUAUAUAUUCACAACAAUGGAUUGCCUCUGUGUUCCUACUUCCUGUCCUUUCUUCUCUGUCUCCUUUUUUUUAAUGUAUGGGACAACAAUGUCUUUACGUAAGGGGAAAUCAGCUCCCGUGUUUAACAUGAGUGAAUUAAGAUUGGUGUCAUUAUGACAUGAACGAUCCGUAGCUUCUCACAAUGCUGCAUUAUCCAUAGCAAACUCUUCUUUAGCAACAGGACCACAAGCGAAUAUUUAUGUAAAUAGAUAUUUUCGUGUUGAUAUUUUGUGGUACACAUAUAACUUUUUUCUUUUAGAGUUCCAUGGCAUUAUUACUUCAUUUUCUUAUUUGUAAUGUAAUGUUUUUAGGUCAAGGUAGACUUGGAUUAAUGUCAUAAUUGUCAGUAUUAUUAACUUUAUGUCAACUGUACUGUUAACUCAUCUGUCCCAUAGUUUUAGAACAUGACUAGCUAUCUGGCAUUGUUGCAAGUGCCUUAAACCCAUGGCAUCCUAUUAAAAAAAAGAAAAAAAUUUACAAAUUUGGUGUUAUGCUGCAUGACAAAGACAAACACACCUCAAAAUGUUGUCCUUUCUUAGCUUGCUGCGUUUUACAGUUCUUUCUGCUACCAAUUUCUAAGCCUUUAUUAUAUAAUAUUGAUGAAUUACAGAAAUGAUGACGUCGUUCUCCUAUUUCUGUUCAAUGUACCAGAGCUGUGUAUCUGUUAAUGAGAUACAGAGUCAUUUCUGUGAAAUGUAUAAAUGUUAUGUGCGGGUCAAAUUAAUAUAUGACAUCCUAUCAGUCUGUAGACAGGUAUUCCUGUUUUGCUAAGCUGUGCAAAUUCAACCCAUUGUGCCGUCGAGCUCCAGCCUCCUGUCUUAUACAAACUCCUUUAGAAAUCUAACCCCUGGGGACAAAAAAAACCCGACAAGCGACUUGGUGUGCAACCCGACCUGACAGCCUGAUGCAAAGGCGUGACUCGUUGCACUACUCAAUAAAGCAGGAUCUGUGCUUUUCCCCCAAGUCCUUCUGCAUGCAACCCAGCUCAGAGGUGAGCCCUCGCCACCUCUGCAGAGCUCAGCUGCCAAGCUGGAAGCUCCUUGUCCUCCGCAGGUCCCCAGUUGGAAUGCUUAGACUUGGGUGGUUUUAGGCUGUUACUUGCAAAAGGGGAAAUUUUUGUUUGGAGUUGCCUAUUGGCCCGAUUCCCAAUUUAUGCUGUUUUUACACUAGCCCUUUGGUUUAUAUUGUUAUUUUCCCCAGUUUUCUUCUCACAUGAAAGAGGUUUUGUUUGUCAGACGAAUGUCAGUCAUCCACCGGCCGUCAGCUGGUUGCGCUCUUUUGAUGUAGAUUUCAGAACUCUUUUUUCAUAAACUUUAACUGCUUUUGUUUUGCUCUGUAUUUUCCCUGCAGCUGUAAUUGCUGA